AUGUCCCUCCAAAAGAAUCAGCAGACCAGCAUGACGCUGCUUGGGUAUUCGCAAGGUGCGAACGUCCUGACGAACCGCUACCUGAACCGCGGGACCGCCUUCACAACAGAGCAGCGUAAGCAACUCGGUAUCCUUGGUGCCCUGCCGCCCACUGUCGAGACCCUUGAGGAGCAAGUGGAGCGUGCCUGGACGCAGCUGUGCCGCUACGAGAAGCCCAUCAACCGCUACCAUCACAUGGUCAACAUCCAUGCGACGAACACGACGCUCUACUAUGCCCUCGUGCUCGCCCACAUCGAGGCGCUGCUCCCCAUCAUCUACACUCCGACCAUCGGUGAGGCUUGCCUGAACUUCAGCAACCAUUGGGUACGUGAGCGCGGCAUGUAUCUCAGCAAGCACCUCAAGGGCCACUUCGCUGAGGUGAUGAAAGAAUCGCUGUAUGACAACGUCGAUGUCAUCGUCAUCACCGACGGCUCCCGCAUUCUCGGCCUGGGCGACCUCGGCGCCAACGGUAUCGGCAUCAGCAUCGGCAAGUGCUCCCUGUACGUUGCCGGCGCUGGCAUGCACCCGACCCGCGUGUUGCCGGUCGUCCUGGAUGUCGGCACUAACACGCAACACUACCUGAGCGACCGCGAGUACCUCGGCACCCGCGAGAAGCGCCUCGAUGAUGACCAGUUCAACAGCCUGCUGGACGAGUUCAUGGAAGCCGUGAAGUCCACCUGGCCCUCUGCCGUGGUGCAGUUUGAAGACUUCAGCAACAACCACUGCUUCGACAUGCUGGAGCGAUACCAGCGGAAGUACCGCUGCUUCAACGACGACAUCCAGGGCACCGGCGCCGUCAUCGCCGCUGGCUUCCUGAACGCCGUCAAGAAGUCGGGCCUCGGCCCGCUGGAGCAGCGCAUCGUCGUCUUCGGCGCCGGGGCUGCCGCGGUCGGCGUGGCCAAGAACAUCGCCCAGCUGGCCUCUCGUUUGUACAACGUGGACAUCGCUGAGGUGCUGAAGACCUUCUACCUGGUCGACACGAAGGGCUUGGUGUGUGACACUCGCGGCGACAAGCUGGCAGAGCACAAGCUACUGUUCUCACGCAAGGACGUCUCUGCCGAGUCCAGCCAAAAUCUGAAGUUGCUCGAGGAUGUCGUGAAGUUCGUGAAGCCGACAGCCUUGCUUGGUCUGGGCGGUGUUGGUCCUGUGUUUACGGAGGAGAUAGUGAAGAGUGUCGCCGCCAACGCAGCCCGCCCGAUUAUCUUCCCUCUGUCGAAUCCUACAAGCAAGUCGGAGGUGAUGCCGGAGGAUGCGUACCGCUGGACCAACGGAGCAGCCAUCAUCGCCUCUGGCAGCCCCUUUCCGGCUUCCACCAUCAACGGCAAGACCAUCAAGCCGUCGCAGGGCAACAACCUGUACGUCUUCCCUGGCGUCGGCCUCGGCUGCGCGCUGGUCCAGCCGUCCUAUAUCCCGGAUGACCUCCUGGUGGCCGCCUCAGCAUGCCUGAACCUCCUCACGACGCCGGAGCAGAUGGAGGCAGAGCAGCUGUACCCCCCACUGGAUGACAUUCACAACAUCUCUGCCCACAUUGCCACUGAGGUGAUCAUGGAGGCGCAGCGCCUCGGCAUCGACGGAAACAAAAACCUGCCGCGCGAGAAGGAGGCUAUUCUGGCGGUUGUGAAGGCGUCUCAGUGGGUGCCGCACUACCCGGCUGAACUGCAAGUUUGCCUUCGGUGA